AUGGAUUAUAAAAUCGGAGCAACUAUUCUUCCUCCUGGAGAACAACUGUCAUCCGAUUUUAAACCUGGAACAGAAAAACUUUACGUUAGAGAUCCAAUGCCCAAUGAAUUGUUCCAAUUACAGAAUUUUAUUCAAAAUGUUAAAGAAACAGAUUCAAACAUUUCAUGGAGUGAAAUGUACAAGAAAAUACAUUACGAAGGAUGUCUUAGAUUGUUACAAAAAGAUGAAAUUCAAGAAUUAAUUUUCGUUGCGGUUAAUGGAUUAGGAAAAUCAGCAACUCGAGAUAUACAAUCCAUGCAAUGCGUCGAGAGAAUCCUAAAUACCAUUCAUUUCGAGAUAGAUCCAGAACUUGCAAUACAAAUAAUAGAAAAUUCACUUCAUGCUCUUUCAACUAACAAGCAACGCAAAUAUUUCUACUUACAUUGUGGUGUGAUGAUGACAUUAUGCCCACAUUUUCGCGAAUAUGACGAAGCAAUUUCUCUUGUUGUAUUUGAUUCGAUAUUUAUGCUUCUUUUCGAAAGAUCUACUGACCCUUUACUUGAAGUAAGUUUUCCAAUCAAAGCCCUUACAGAAAUAUUCACUUACAAUCCACUUCCAAUUCAAAAAUUACAACAAGCUUGUAAAUACUUUACAGGCAAGCUUUCUUCAAACGACCAACGCGUACAAGAGACAGCCGUUCAAGCUAUCAAACAAUUGAUCGUUACAGUCCCUGAAUUGACUUCUUUGGCAAUAUCAAAAACUCUUUUUGAUUAUACGAUGAAAAUGGAUCCAGCAACAACACCAUUAAUCGGAAAAGCUCUUUGUGAUUUAUAUACAUCAAUUAAUUUUGAAUAUUACGACCUUUCUCAGAUGAAAGUUGAUAUUGUCGGCAGAAUGAAGUCAUUUUGGACAUUAGAUAUGACAAGAUUCGAGAUACCAAUGAUUGCAGCCUUGAGAUGCUUCAGAACAUUAUGCAAAUACUCUCCUUACAUUCGAAAAAGAAUUUUGGAAGAAAAUGUCAUUGAAAAAAUCAACUUAGUAUAUGCAUCAUUCAAGAUUAAAGCUGAAUUAGUCAGCCUUAUUGCGAAUAUGAUCCGUUCAGGUCCAUGGCUCGAUGAAAUUAUUCCAAAUGAAGAUAUUAUUGGUUUGAUCUUUGAAAUGGUUGAUUAUUACAACAUAGAAACUACAUAUGAUGCUCUUUUCCUCGCUUUAUGUUUGUUUGAACAUGGAAUUGAUAUCAGUCCAAUUUCAGAAGAAAUUAGUGAUCUUGCAAACUCAGAUGAUGAGAGAGUUGCAGAUUUAGCAAUUCAUAUACUUAAUACAAUAGAUCCUCCAUCUUAA